AUGUUGGUCAAUGGAGGCUUUGAAACAGGCAGUCUCUCAUCAUGGUCGGUAUCGUUUCCUUAUGGAGCCUGUCAAAACGGAAAUUUUCACGGUAUAAUCUGCAGUCCACGUACCCAUAGUGGUAGUUAUUCCUAUUGUGAUGGUUGUUACGCAGUUACAGAUAAACUUAGUCAGUCGUUUAUGGCUGUAGCUGGAGAUGUUUAUAUCGUCAGCUUUUGGCUAGAAACAGGAUCAACUGCUAAUUCAGGAAUAUCGGCUACUGUCACCAUAACGUAA